CGCGCCGCCCCCUGGCCGAGGAAGGUGAGCGAAGCGAGUGUCUGGAGGGGAGGACUCGGGUGCGCGACUAGCCGAGGGAUCGAUCGGAUUAAACUCGAUUUGAGUGAAAUUAACACAAAGGAGAGAGAAGAGCAACGCACACUAGUCGGCGAGGUCGCGGAUACGGCACAAACCAGAGAAACAUUUCUUCAAAAAAAAUUAUACAUAUAUAUAUGUAAAACUUGAACUUUUUCCUUCUUUCUUUAUUUAUAUUUCACAUGAAAAGGACCACGGUGGAUUUUUUUCUCUCCCCUAAGCAAGCGGAGAUACUAAACCUACUAACGAGGAGUUUGAUUUGAUAAAGCCCGAAGUGACCGAGCUUGUUGGGACCCUUGCUGAGGACCAUGGAAUAGCAAUCUUUGGAUCUGCAGCUAACUGAUAGCUCUUCAACACAUCUCUUUCCAUCUACUGCCUCCACCUGUGGGGUCCCCAUGGCAGACCAAGGGAUGUUGAGCUUAUUUGGGGAUGAUGCAGGGCUGUUUUCAGAUGGACUUGAUGGUUUAGGAGACUGUUUUCCACAUCAGUCUGCCUCUGGGCAGUCUAGCAAUCUAGUUCAACAAACUAAUGCGACACUGGGCCAUGAACACCAGGGAACCAGGGGUUACCACCCAGGCUUAAUUCAUAGUGCUGGGCCUGGUCCAGUGCAGCCUAAAAUGGGGCAAGUGUUUGACCACAAUCUCUAUGGAAGCUAUGAUCAACCUGGUGCCCCUGGAGGGCGAAUGAUGGGCCAGAAUGGUCCUAACCAGGGGGCCCCAAAUGUUAAUGCUGCAUUGAAUGGCAUGGCUGGUCACUACCAUAAUAAUAAUAAUAAUAAUACAGCUAAUUCUGGCAACUCUCAUCAUGGUUACACAGGUGAUGCUGGGGCAGGAGGGGGUGGUGGAGGAGUUUGGAGUCAGCAACAACAACAGCAGAGUAGAUCAGCUUAUCAGCAGCCUCCAACACAGCCAGGUGGGGGUCCCAAUCAGAUGGGAAGCUAUCACAUAUCACAAGGCAACUAUAGCAGUAUGCAAGGCCCGUCAACACCCAAUGCAGGUCGUAUAACCCAACACUACCCUCCACAGAGCAUGGCACCACCUCCUGCUCAGGACUCAUCUCACUACUUGGGGCAUGUUGGAAUGGGAGGGAACCAGCUGAGACAUACACAGCCCCAGCCACAACCCCAGAAUUAUCCCAACAUGGGUCAUGCAUCCCAGUACCCACUCUCUCCUUCCCGACAGCCUCCACAUGCCCACCAGCACCAACAGAGCAUGGGAAGUUUUGGGAGUGGCCAGUACCCUGGUUAUCAGGCCCAGUAUGGCCCAAUGGGACCUAAUUUGGCACAGGCUGCUAGUGCCAAUGUCAGUGCUAACAACAGCCACUCCAUGGCACCAGGCCAACUUGGCCAUAGGUUUAGCCAGGGCUCAGGCCCAGCAACUGGACAGCAAAGUCAGCGAUACCCCUCUGGACCAUCACAUCAGACCCAUUCUGCCCAGAUGCAGCAGCAGACAGGGCAACAGGGCCAGCCUAUGCACACCCUAAACCACCCUCCGCACCCUCAGAGUCUACCCCAGUCCCAAAACCAACCUCAAUCCCAUCUUACCCCCCCAGCUCAGGGAUCUUACUCUUCCCCAUCAUCUAUGUCUCCAAUGCGUGUUUUGGGAACCCCCACUCCCCCACCACAACAGGGCAGACCCCCCAGCACAGGACUAGCUGGGCCUGCAGAGGUUUCAGGGUAUACAACUCUGCAGUCUUCUCCCAAUGCGAUUGUCCUUCCACAGAGAACUCCCCAAACUCCAAUGUCUGCAACUCACCAGCAACCGCACAACAUGCCCCCAAAUUCAGGGCAAAUGUAUCCUGGUAUGGGGUUACAGCUUGGUCCCCAAAUCAACUCAAAUCGGUCACAGCAAGUGCAAGAGACGCUUGUAGUGCUGCUUCAACAGCUCGGAACCCUUAUGACAGCCAACCAGAAUAUCAAACAGGUGAUGCUGGGGCAGGAGGGGGUGGUGGAGGAGUUUGGAGUCAGCAACAACAACAGCAGAGUAGAUCAGCUUAUCAGCAGCCUCCAACACAGCCAGAGCAUGGCACCACCUCCUGCUCAGGACUCAUCUCACUACUUGGGGCAUGUUGGAAUGGGAGGGAACCAGCUGAGACAUACACAGCCCCAGCCACAACCCCAGAAUUAUCCAACAUGGGUCAUGCAUCCCAGUACCCACUCUCUCCUUCCCGACAGCCUCCACAUGCCCACCAGCACCAACAGAGCAUGGGAAGUUUUGGGAGUGGCCAGUACCCUGGUUAUCAGGCCCAGUAUGGCCCAAUGGGACCUAAUUUGGCACAGGCUGCUAGUGCCAAUGUCAGUGCUAACAACAGCCACUCCAUGGCACCAGGCCAACUUGGCCAUAGGUUUAGCCAGGGCUCAGGCCCAGCAACUGGACAGCAAAGUCAGCGAUACCCCUCUGGACCAUCACAUCAGACCCAUUCUGCCCAGAUGCAGCAGCAGACAGGGCAACAGGGCCAGCCUAUGCACACCCUAA